AUGGCAGACACUCAAAACUCAUCCGAGGCGGAGAUUCCUGGCUAUAAUGAUACACCCGUGAGGGAAAUCAGGGCUCCCUUCUCUGCAGAGGAAGCCAAGAUAUCCAAGCCUCUGUUGAAGGUGCUUGUUCAAAACGAAGUAAUCGUGCGAUAUGCAUGGUACCUUGAGCCUCCAAAGCUCAUCCUUCACGUCGUAGAGCCGAACGGAGCAGAGGCACCAGCUUCAUAG